GGGGCGCGGCCAUGCGGGCUCCCGGCACGGCCAUGCGGCGUUUCCUCGGCCCGCUGCUAUGCCUCCUGGCGCUGCGGCUCCCGGCGAGUAGCGGCGCGGCCGGCCGCGGGCUGGACGUGGCUUCCUACCGGGAGCGGGUGCGGGCCAUGUUCUACCACGCCUACGAGCACUACCUGGAGAGCGCCUUCCCUUACGACGAGCUGCGACCGCUGACAUGUGACGGCCAGGACACCUGGGGCAGCUUCUCCCUGACUCUGAUCGACGCUCUGGACACGCUGCUGAUCUUGGGAAAUGUUUCUGAGUUCCAGCGAGUUGUCAACGUGCUGCAGGAGGGGGUGGACUUCGAUAUUGAUGUCAACGCAUCUGUCUUUGAAACAAACAUUCGAGUGGUGGGAGGGCUCCUCUCUGCUCACCUGCUCUCCAGGAAGGCUGGAGUUGAAGUGGAAGCAGGCUGGCCGUGCUCAGGACCCCUCCUGAGGAUGGCUGAGGAAGCAGCUCGCAAACUGCUGCCAGCUUUCCAGACCCCAACUGGGAUGCCCUAUGGCACAGUGAACCUGCUGCAUGGAGUAAACCCUGGAGAGACCCCAGUCACCUGCACUGCUGGAAUUGGCACCUUUAUAGUGGAGUUUGCCACCUUGAGCCACCUCACUGGUGACCCAGUGUUUGAGGACGUUGCCAGGAAGGCUUUGAAGGCACUGUGGAAAAAUCGCUCGGAUAUUGGGCUGGUGGGGAACCACAUUGAUGUGAUCACUGCCAAGUGGGUGGCCCAGGAUGCUGGCAUUGGGGCAGGGGUGGACUCCUACUUUGAGUACCUGGUUAAAGGAGCCAUCCUCCUGCAGGACAAGGAGCUGAUGUCCAUGUUUUUAGAAUAUAACAAAGCUAUCAAGAAUUACACCAAGUUUGAUGACUGGUACCUGUGGGUUCAGAUGUACAAAGGAACAGUGUCCAUGCCUGUGUUCCAGUCCCUGGAGGCCUAUUGGCCAGGCCUGCAGAGCCUGAUUGGGGAUGUGGACAAUGCCAUGCGCACCUUCCUCAACUAUUACACGGUCUGGAAGCAGUUUGGGGGCCUGCCUGAGUUCUACAACAUUCCCCAAGGAUACACAGUGGACAAGAGGGAAGGAUAUCCACUCAGGCCUGAGCUGAUUGAGAGCGCAAUGUAUCUGUACCGUGCCACGAGAGACCCCACACUGCUGGAGCUGGGGAGAGAUGCUGUGGAGUCCAUAGAGAAGAUCAGCAAGGUGGACUGUGGCUUUGCAACUAUCAAAGACUUGAGGGACCACAGGCUGGAUAACCGCAUGGAAUCCUUCUUCUUGGCUGAAACAAUCAAAUACCUGUACCUGCUCUUUGACCCUGACAACUUCAUCCACAAUGAUGGCUCAGACUUUGAUGUGGUGGUCACGCCCUAUGGGGAGUGUGUCCUGAAUGCUGGAGGGUACAUCUUCAACACUGAGGCUCAUCCCAUCGACCCUGCUGCCCUGCACUGCUGCAGGAAGCGCAGAGAGGAGCAGUGGGAGGUGGAGGACUUGAUGAGGGAAUUCUACUCACGGAAGAAAACCAAGAAAUUCACUUUCAAAAGAGCUCCUGACCAUGGUGAAGGGGAAAAUGCUAAAGACUCCCAAGAUGCCUCUUCAGAGAAAGCUGGAGAGAAGAGAAACUCUAAGAAAAGCUCAUACUCCCUCCUGAGCUGCCCCAGUCAAUCCUUUAACUCCAAGCUUGCAGUUCUGGGACAGGUUUUCCUAGAUAACACCUGAUCCUCUUUGCAUCAUCACUUUAAAUUAUUGAACUCGUUUCAGAUUCUGGGAAUAUAUUUUUAUAGUUUCAUAAUGGAAAGUGUGGUACCUCACAAUGUGAAUUCUAUUAUGAAGUGAAACAACUUCCCUUUAAAUUCUGCUACUGCUCCUUUCUAAGCCAUGACUAAGAUACCAGCUGUUAAUGCUGUUGAGCUGCUGAUCUCAAAGCAGUUGGUUGCCUGAAUAUCAAACAGGUGUCCAGAAAAAGAAAGGUCUACAUGUUAAAUGUACCUUUUUAUUGCAUUUUGUGAGUUUUAGAGGCUUACAGAAAGAUAGUAGCUUAUUUUGUUCUAUAAAAAUGAGCCUGAGUUUCUUGUCAUAAGGGGAAGAGGAAGAAUUGCUGUAGCUUCACUGCAAUUCUCUGUGUGCUCCAUCUUUUAUCUCUGGCCACUUUAUAAACAUGUAGUUCAUGUUGAAAAAUUGCUGCCCAGUGGAGAAAAGCUAUUUAUUUAGAGUUGAAGGCUCAGAU